AUGGGCCAGCUACAACCAGAUCAAUUACAGAGAAUGGUGCUCCUUCUCAUCCAUCACCACAAUGUCGCGCAAGUACCGCGUGCUUGCUUUGCUGCUCGUCGCCAGCGCGUCGGCACGCACCUGCCUCCCUGCCUACGAGGCAAGGCUGCUACCACGAUCCCAACUCCCCGCAAGACCUUUCCGGCCCUCUGCCGACCGUCUACAAGCUCAACUCGCCGCAGUACUGCGCCAACCUCUGCGGCGCGGCCGGGUAUGCGUACUCGAGCGUCGAGUUCAACCCGCAAGUCGACCUCGACCUCUCCGCCAUCCUGCCCGUCCAGAUUCUCAUCCGGAUUUAGUCAAUGCUUCUGCGGUCACGCGAUCGAGAGCACCGCUAUCAAGGCGGAUGAGAGCCGGUGCAAUGCCGACUGUCCGGCAGACCCCGGCAAGUAG